CAAGUGUUGAUCGUAGUGGACACGCGUAGCAUAAGCGGUGGUCGUGAUUCAAGCGCUGAUCUCGCAGUUGCCAUCGCAACCCGUCGUCGAUAGGCCGCUGAUUAGUUCCGUUGCCGUUUUGCCGUGUUUAUUAAAUGUUUCGAGACGACUAGCCUCUAUCAUCAGCAGCACAGCAAAAAACAAAAAAAGAAUACGGCAUGAUCAUGCUGCGAACCGUGAUCUUGGUGGCACUUGCCCUGUCACCAUGCGCGCAGGCCUACAAAGUGCUCGGACUGUUCCCUCAUCCCGGCCAGAGUCACUUCCAUUUCUUUCAGCCGGUCCUGAAAGGUUUGGCAGAAGCCGGCCAUGACGUAACGGUCGUCAGUCACUUCCCCGAGAAAAAUCCACCGCCGAACUAUCGCGACAUGCCGCUCGAAGGUAUGACAUCGCUAUCGGAUUCGGUCAGCUUUGAGCUGUUCGAGUAUCGGCCAGGUUUCGGACAUUUCGUCGAGUUUUUCAUGCUGUACAACUGGGGAAAGGAAGCGUGCACCAAUGCGCUCAACUCGACCGCCAUCAAAACGAUCCUGGACGCGAAGAUCCAGUACGAUCUGAUACUGGUGGAGCAGUUCAACAGUGAUUGCAUGCUCGGCGUUGCCCAUCAGCUGAACGCACCGUUCAUCGGGCUCAGCAGCUGCCCGCUGAUGCCCUGGCACUACGAUCGGGUCGGAAAUCCGACGCUACCCGCGUACGUUCCGGCACUGUUCAUGGGGUACACCGAGCGGAUGGACUUUUCGCAACGGUUAGCGAAUUGGAUUACGGUCCAGUCGUUCAAGACGCUCUACAGCUGGUUUAACGAUGCCGCCGCUAACAAGUUGCUGCGCGAGCGGUUCGGCGAGGGCGUAAUACCGGACGUGCGCGAGUUGCAGCAACGCACCUCGAUGAUGUUCGUCAAUCAGCACUACUCGCUGAGCGGUGUGAAACCGCUCAGUCCGGCCGUGCUGGAGAUUGGCGGUAUCCACAUACGUGACUUUAAACCGUUGGAUGCGGACCUGCAGCAACUGCUCGAUACGGCCGACCAUGGCGUGAUCUACAUUAGCUGGGGAUCGAUGAUACGGGCCGAAACCUUGCCGGCGGAGAAGCGAGAUGCCAUCCUGAAGGCAUUGGGACGCUUCAAGCAGCGCGUCAUCUGGAAGUGGGAAAAUGAAACGCUGCCGAAUCAACCUCCGAAUGUUCACAUCCGCAAAUGGCUUCCACAACGCGAGAUUCUCUGCCAUCCCAAGGUUCGCGUAUUUAUGAGCCACGGUGGACUGCUUGGAUCGUCCGAAGCUGCCUACUGUGGUGUGCCGGUGGUUGCAACACCAAUGUACGGCGAUCAGUAUAAUAAUGCAGCUGCCUUGGCUAAUCGUGGCAUGGGAGUGGUACUGCCAUACGAAGAAAUCACCGCCGACACCGUGUAUGAAGCGCUCCGUAAGGUGCUGGAACCAGAAGCAAUGGAAAGCGCGAAACAAGUUUCGUUCUCCUAUCGAAACCGUCCCAUGAACCCGCUCGAAGCGGCCGUCUGGUGGUGUGAGCAUGUGGCCGCUACAGGUGGUCUUCCACUGGCGCAGUCCUACUCUACCGAAUUGCCCUGGUACGCGUACCACCAGUUCGAUGUGUACAUUGUGACAAUCACCUUCCUCGUUAUCUAUCACUGGUGUUGGAUAUGGCUGUUUAAGCGAGUCUGCUGUCGUGGUGUGUCGGGUUUCAGUGACGAAAAGCUUAAAACAAACUAAACCCCAUGCAAAUCGAUAACUCAUCACCAUCAUCCAUUUCAUGUUAGCGUGUAAGAUUUUCUUUCCGUUCCUUUCCUCCUAGCUGUUUUUUUUUUUGUUGUUACGAUAGCGCACCGUUUACGAAGAUGAAUGUUGUUUAACAACCACCACAAAAUUUUGUUUUUAUUAUGAAAAAAAGAAGGAUAAAACGACCUACAUCGUAGGAUUACUUGGUCAUUUACCGGAUAAAAUAAAGAAACAAGUAUAAUAUACUA